AGGGGAGACGCCCGCCCGCCAGCCCGGGCCUUGCCUACGGCCGCUCCCUCCGCCUCCUCCCCGCCCCGAGCCCCCGUCUGCCCGUCCUUCCUUCCCCUCCCGUGCAUGAUGGAAACACCAUGGCUGCGGCGGCCCAGCUCUCCCUGACACAGUUAUCAAGUGGGAAUCCUGUAUAUGAAAAAUACUAUAGACAGGUUGAUACAGGCAAUACUGGAAGAGUGUUGGCUUCUGAAGCUGCUGCUUUUCUGAAAAAAUCAGGGCUUCCAGACUUGAUACUUGGAAAGAUUUGGGAUUUAGCCGACACAGAUGGCAAAGGUAUCCUGAACAAACAAGAAUUCUUUGUUGCUUUGCGUCUUGUGGCAUGUGCCCAGAAUGGAUUAGAGGUUUCACUGAGUAGCUUGAACCUGGCUGUUCCUCCACCAAGAUUUCAUGAUACCAGUAGUCCUUUGCUAAUCAGUGGAACCUCUGCAGCUGAGCUCCCCUGGGCAGUAAAAUCUGAAGACAAGGCCAAAUAUGAUGCAAUUUUUGAUAGUUUAAGCCCAGUGAAUGGAUUUCUCUCCGGUGAUAAAGUGAAACCAGUGUUACUCAACUCUAAGUUACCUGUGGAUAUCCUUGGAAGAGUUUGGGAAUUGAGUGACAUUGACCAUGAUGGAAUGCUUGACAGAGAUGAGUUUGCAGUUGCCAUGUUUUUGGUAUACCGUGCACUGGAGAAAGAACCUGUGCCAAUGUCCUUGCCUCCAGCCUUGGUGCCACCUUCCAAGAGAAAAACGUGGGUUGUAUCCCCUGCAGAAAAAGCUAAAUAUGAUGAAGUCUUCUUGAAAACUGAUAAAGAUAUGGAUGGAUUUGUAUCUGGAUUGGAGGUUCGUGAAAUCUUCCUGAAAACAGGUUUACCCUCUGCCUUACUGGCCCAUAUUUGGGCAUUAUGUGACACAAAGGACUCUGGGAAGCUUUCAAAGGAUCAGUUUGCAUUGGCUUUUCACUUAAUCAAUCAAAAGUUAAUAAAGGGCAUUGAUCCUCCUCAUAUUCUUACUCCUGAGAUGAUUCCACCAUCAGACAGGGCCAGUUUACAAAAGAACAUCAUAGGAUCAAGUCCUGUUGCAGAUUUCUCUGCUAUUAAGGAGCUAGAUACCCUUAACAAUGAAAUAGUUGACUUACAGAGGGAAAAGAAUAAUGUGGAACAGGACCUUAAGGAGAAAGAAGAUACUAUUAAACAGAGGACAAGCGAGGUUCAGGAUCUUCAAGAUGAAGUUCAAAGGGAGAAUACUAAUCUGCAAAAACUACAGGCCCAGAAACAACAAGUACAGGAACUCCUUGAUGAACUGGAUGAGCAGAAAGCCCAGCUGGAGGAACAACUCAAGGAAGUCAGAAAGAAAUGUGCUGAGGAAGCCCAGCUGAUCUCUUCUCUGAAAGCUGAAUUAACCAGUCAAGAAUCACAGAUCUCCACUUACGAAGAAGAACUGGCCAAAGCCAGGGAAGAGCUGAGCCGCCUACAGCAAGAAACAGCAGAAUUGGAGGAGAGUGUGGAGUCAGGGAAGGCUCAACUGGAACCUCUUCAGCAGCACUUACAAGAUUCACAACAGGAAAUCAGUUCAAUGCAAAUGAAACUGAUGGAAAUGAAAGAUCUGGAAAAUCAUAGCAAUCAAUUAAAUUGGUGCAGUAGCCCACACAGCAUUCUUGUAAAUGGCGCAACAGAUUAUUGCAGCCUCAGCACCAGCAGCAGUGAAACAGCCAACCUUAAUGAACAUGGUGAAGGCCAGAGCAACCUAGAGUCUGAGCCCAUACACCAGGAGUCUCCAGCAAGAAGUACUCCUGAAGUACCACCUUCAUGUGUGACCGAUGAAAAUGAAGUGCUGACUAUAGCUGUUAAUGAAGAAGUUUGUCCUGAAUUUGACAGUGACAGACAUUCAAAAGAGGAAGAUCCAUUUAAUGUAGACUCAAGUUCACUAACAGAUCCAGUUGCAGAUACAAACUUGGAUUUUUUCCAGUCUGAUCCUUUUGUUGGCAGUGAUCCUUUCAAGGAUGAUCCUUUUGGGAAAAUUGAUCCGUUUGGUGGUGAUCCUUUCAAAGGUUCAGAUCCAUUUGCAUCUGACUGUUUCUUCAAGCAGUCUUCCACUGAUCCUUUUGCCACUUCAAGUAAUGACCCUUUCAGUGCAGCCAACAAUAGCAGUACUACAUCGGUAGAAACAGUGAAGCACAAUGAUCCUUUUGCUCCUGGUGGAACAGUUGUUGUUGCAGCAAGUGAUUCAGCCACAGACCCCUUUGCUUCUGUUUUUGGAAAUGAAUCAUUUGAAGAUGGAUUUGCUGACUUCAGCACAUUGUCACAGGUCAACAAUGAAGAUCCUUUUAGUUCAGCCACAUUGAGCUCUGUCAGCAGUGUGGUUACUACAAAAAAUGUGUUUGAGGAAACAUCGGUCAAAAGUGAAGAUGUACCCCCAGCACUGCCACCAAAGAUCGGCACUCCAACAAGACCCUGCCCACCACCACCUGGGAAAAGACCCAUCAACAAAUUGGAUUCUUCUGAUCCCUUUAAACUGAAUGAUCCAUUUCAGCCUUUCCCAGGCAGUGAUAGCCCCAAAGAAAAAGAUCCUGAUAUGUUUUGUGAUCCAUUCACUUCUUCUACUACUACCACUACCAAUAAAGAGGCUGACCCAAGCAAUUUUGCUAACUUCAGUGCUUAUCCCUCUGAAGAAGAUAUGAUUGAAUGGGCCAAGAGGGAAAGUGAGAGAGAGGAAGAGCAGAGGCUUGCCCGACUGAAUCAGCAGGAGCAAGAAGACUUAGAACUGGCUAUUGCACUCAGCAAAUCUGAGAUAUCAGAAGCAUGAAGAAUUCUUUUGUCCUUUGUCAACAAUACAGUACUCUUCUGCCUGAAUACUGAAGCUAUUUACAAUGUGUAUCAAAACUACCUAUAAGCAUGGGAAUACAAAAUGUUUGAGAUUCCUGUAAAUGUGACAAAAUUUUAGGUUUUUGUUGGUUUUUUGUUUUCUUUUUUUUAUUCCAUUUCAGGUUUGUCACUUUUUUUCCUUGUAAAAGCAGUAACCCAGUCAGAUAACUUCACUGAGGCCUCUGCCUAUGCCUGCCUAUGCUACUUUUACUUGUAAAGCUAGAGCACCCAAGCUUCUGCCUUCUGGAAUAUAGAGACAUAGUUUCACCCUGUGCUACCCUUGUUCUGUAGUUAUUCUGAUGAUAGCCAGUGGGGUUCUUAAAGUUUGCGGUCUUCUCCCCUGAUUUGAAUUGUUGAGGGGAGGGUAAGGGAAAGAACAUCUUAUUUCUUUUAUGACUGGUGGAAAUUGGCUAGUUUAAAGCGCAUUUUUGUACUUCUCAUAGUAAAAAUACUGUUUAAUUUGUUUUUUGGAGACAAGGAAAAAUAUUUCAAUAUUGCUAUUAAAAAAGGGAUGCUUUAGGUUGAACCAUUAUAGCUUUAGAUUUGAUCUUUUCCUAAAUAAAAACGUUAAAGCUUCAUGUGUGAAAUAACUUUUUAAAAAAUUUCUCUGGAUUUAAAGAAUUUUAGAUCAACAGAUACCUCUCCAUAUGUUUGGUAAUUAAUAAAAUCAGUUUCUUACAAAUAAGAUUUAUAGGCAAAUGUUCAUUUUAAGUGCUAGCAGUGAAGAAAAUUUAUCACCUAAAAUAUCCCCAUCAGUAUAAGGUAAGCAAACAUCUUAAAAUGGCAGCUAUUCUGCCUUUGCUAUGGCCCUGCCCCCUUUAGUUCAUAAUAGGUUUGGUUUAGUACUUUUGCAGAAGAAACUGUAGCAAGCUAGAACUGGAAGGUACUUUAAUUUUUCUUUUUGUUUUUUUCUUUAAUGAAGGCUCAAUUACUUGAAAUGUAAAAACUUCCACUGAAUACAAAUGGAAAAAGUGAUGUGUAUUAAUUAUAUUGCUUUUUGUCCAUCUUUCUGGUUUAAAUUAUUUACUCUUCGGUGUUUUUCACCUAUAAAAUUGGCAAGCUAGCAAAAAUUCUUAUUUUUUUAAUUGGGAGAGAAGAGACCUGCCAGAUUAUCAAAACUAUUCAUAUGUUAAAAGACCAUUUCCUGUAAAACUGAUCUAGCAGACAAGCUGAAUUUGAAAUAGACUGUGAAGUCGGCUAUAACUUGUAAUCAGAUUUUUUUAAACAUGAGUUACUGACUUAGAUGAUGUACUGAAUACCAUGAUAAAGAGAAAUGCACCUAAAAACAUUAAAAUUCUCUGGGGUCACAAGUCAAGGUGGUUUUGAUUUGUGUUAAUCAGAGUAACUUAUUGCCUAGCCUAUAAAUAAAUUCCAAAAUAUCCAAUUCAUUUUAUCUUGAAAUGGUGCUUUUUUUCUUUCCAUACACAAUUGGACUGCUGCAGUUUAAAACAAACCACUUUCUUUCACUGCUAACUUUUUUCUACCUUUGUAAAUAGAAACAUUUCAGCAUAAAAGUCAUACAUAUGAAGCAAGGGCUGCAUCAUAAUUACAAGGCUUUAAUUUUGAUAAACUAAUCCAGCGAUCUAAGGAUUUACUACAAAAGUUGAUUGAGAAGGUAGUGUUGGGAGUUGUGAUAGGUGGUGUUUUUUUGUUUUCUUCCCCUUACUCUUUAGGAAAAAGGUAAGUUGACUUGAACAACCUUCUUUUGCACUGGGAAAAUGAAGAUAUGUUUGAAAUGCUUUUAAAAUAUUUUUUUUAAUUAAAAAAACACUCUAGAAAAUAUUAAAUAUAUGUAACUUAUAAACACCAACUUUUGAUGUAAUAAGUGUACCCUAAUCUUAUGUAUGUUUAACUGGAUUACAUAGAUUCUUAUCUUUUGUUAAAAUAUGUAUACUCAGUGGACCAAUACAAUAUUAAAGAGUGUGUAUAUUAUAUAAAUAUAUAUCUAUAUCUCCAUGCUCACUUGUGUAGGAUGAAUGUCUUAGAGUCGUUUGUGAUAUUUUAUGUUGUUGACUCUGGCUCCACGGCCCGUGCUUGAAAAGUGGCACUACUUACAAAGUUUUAACCAUCUUCUACAUACUGGUUCAGGUUUAUUUGGACUCUCUUUAUAGAAUUUUCUCUUAUGUUUCAGACUUCUAAAUUGUAGCCUGUAAUUAUGAGAAUAAACUUUAAAUAAUAAUAAAACAUACUAUCCAUAUAUCCAAUUUGCAGUGGAAUUUUGCACAGUUCUCUGAUUAUGUCCAUGCUGUGUCAAGGAGAGCUAGGUAUACAAUCGGCAUAGAUUAAUAUGUGUAAAGUGUUUGGGACAGUAAGUACCUUGUAUAGAAUAACUAAUAAAUGUUAACUAUUAUUUUUAGUUAUCAUGUCCUAUUUUUAUGAAGGAAAGAUAGGAAACAUGUAUACACAGAGACAGUGCCUGAGAACAUACAUGGCUUUAUAUAUAUUUGUUGAAUAAGGAUUUGUGACAUGGACUCUUGGAAGGCACUAUGAUCUAAUAAAUUCAUACAAUCCUGG